UUUGCGUCUCUAAGCGGAGCAACACAGUAACGGACAGAGCCCAGCGCUUUAUGACGUAACAACAGACGAUACACUGUAACAUUACAAACAACUUUUGAUCUUCAAAUGCGCGCCAAUGAAUGUGGAUGAAGAUCUGACUGCAGUAAAAUGUCCUGCAGUAGCACGGCCCUCUCAUCCGUCCCGGGUCAGGAGCUUCUGCUCACCGUGCACCUGCUGACCGACCCCGGCGCGUCUCUGCUCCUCCAGCACACUCUGGACCGCCUGCUCAAGCGGGUUUGUCCCGGCCUGCGCCUCUUCCACGUGUCCGAGCGGGCCUGUCCCGUUCAUGCCCAGCGCCCCGCGGCCGGACGCCCCUCACACGCCGUCACCAUAUUCUUACAUGAGUCCUACGGAGAGGAGCGUAUUCUCCGAGUGCUGGACUUCCUGCAGUGUCCGCCGUGGCAGUAUCACCAUACAGAGAGCUGCGGUGCUGGAGAGCCCGGCGUUCAGGCUAGUGCCUUACUGAGGCCUUAUCUCCUGCCCAGCCGGGACUUCUACAGCCUGGGCGCGGGGAUGCCGGUGUGGGGCGUCCGGCCGGUGCACUACGGAGGGGAGGUGGUGCGGGUGACUUUACACAGCACCUAUGAUAACUUCGAGGACACCGUGCGUUUAUAUGAGACGGUGCUGCAGAGGAGGGUUGAGGAGCAGAAGACGGGCUUCUGCUGGUUCACGCUGCUCACAGAAGCCGGGUUCAGUCUGCAGCUGGCCAUCAAGCAGCUUGCGCCCGGGGUGCGGGUGGAGCCGUGUUACUCCGCCGUGCUGCAGUUCAGGGUGGAGGAGAUCGGGCAGCUCGUGCCCUUACUGCCCAACACCUGCUCGCCCAUCAGCGCCAGCCGAUGGCACACCGAAGACCUGGACGGCAACAAGAUCCUCUUCCAAGUUAAAGCUCCAGCACAAGCCCAAGGCUUCCUGAGGUCUGCGUUUCCUCUGAGCUGUCCCAGGAUGCUGCUGAGGAGCUGUGGGGCUGCCAGACCCCCUUCCACCGCUCCCUGCAGGAGGACGUCCCAUCUGAAGGAGCAGGCACUGCUGUGCGUGAGGUCAGGCAGAGAGAGCGCCGGGUCAGACGGCACCCGCAGCUCUCCUCCGGGAAGCUCCUGUUACUCGUCCCAGCGCAGCAGCCCCGCAGGCCUGUCAGUCAACUGGUACGAGCCGGCGAUAACCCCCGAAACCUCCCUAUCCCGCCUCCGGCUGGAAGAGGAGGAGCCGGAGACCAAUGUGGACACGGGUUGUGCUGUGAAGCCGCAGGCCGCUUUAGGAGCGUCUGCUCUGCUGACUCUGUCUAGAGACCUGACACACGGCCUGGAUGAGGCUGACGAGAGCGUGAAGAGUGUCCUAGCAGAGACACAAGUAGAUGAGUUCUUCAUCUGACUCUUCAUUCUUAUGCAGUUGGAAAAGCAGGCAGCACACAUUUACGUGAACGCAUUUGGCAAAGCCGCUCACAGUGCAUUCACAUUGCAUCAAUUCAAGGAUUCCCUGGGAAUCAGACAGCAAUACUGUCGCUUUCAUACACUCACAUUAUU